ACUACAGUACGUGUACGGUCACUAACAGUAACUAACGACGCCCUCCCCUCGGCUACGUACGAAGGGAUGGGAUGUCGUCGACGUCGCGUCUUCGCUCACGCCCCGCCGCCGCCGUCGUCUUUAAACCACGCGGCGACGCCGCCCUCGCCCACGGCCCCGUACCCCAACGCGACCACCGCGCCGUCCGACGACCAGUCCGCGGCGACCGCGUGUGCGUUGAACGCGCCCUUGUGCCCCCGCGGCGCGAGCGGGGCAAGACCCUGUCGAACCAUCGCCGGCGCGCCGUCUCGCGACGGCAUCGCGUACGUCGCGGCGCCGCCGCCGCCGCCGACGCUCGCGACCGCCCUCGGCGGCGACGUCAAGAAGUCCUCCGAGUCCAAGUCCACGCUCACGUCGAGCGCCGCGGCGCCGGAGACCCCCGGCCAGAACGGCAGCUGCGACGUCACGAGCGGCGUGAGCGUGGGCGAUUUAUUAGUAUAGAUAGUCGCCGGGGCUCCGUACACGCGCACGAGACCGGAUUUAAACACGGCGACGAGACCGGGGCCGCCGCACACGCCGGUCCAGUGCGGCAGAUGCGUCAACGAUAUGACGCCGCCGCCGCCGGGGAGUUUCAGCGGCGGCGCUCUCGACGCGCGCGCGCCGGAGAGCGACGACACCGCUACCGGGGGUUUCGCGCGGUGCACGAGCGCGAGGUGGUGGAUCACCCGCGCGCCCCCCUCUCUUCGUCUCGGCGUCGACGGCAGCGGCGGCUUGGACGUCCCCGGCGCCGCCGCCACCGCCGCCGUCGUCGACGUCUCCUCCAGCGUCUUCUCCGUCCCUGGGCCCUUCGACUUCCUCUGCGCGCACGCGAUGACGUGCACCUUCCCGUCGCCGUCGCCGGCGUAGACGACGCUCCCCGACGCGUUCCUAUGAAGCGAUGUCGGGGUGGAGUUCAAAGGCAUCAGUCGAAGUUGAAAGGCAUCGCGGUUGAGGAUUGA